AUGGCUAAGACAUCGAAAGCAAGCACUACAUCAUCUGCGGUCAUAACAGAUUUUCAAGAAGCAUUCAAGACUUCCAAGAAGGCGUACUUUGCCCAAAUUGAAAAAAAUCCUAAACUAAAACUAAUUGAUAUAUUUUGUUUCUUUUUGGUUUUGCUAGGAAUAAUCCAGUUUGCAUUCAUUGUUUUAAUCCGUGACAAUUUCCCCUUCAACGCAUUUUUAUCAGGUUUCAUCAUCUGUGUGGGGCAAUUUGUCUUGUUGGUGAGUUUGAGGUUACAAUUAUGUGAUAGUUUUCCAGGGAUUACAAAAAACAGAGCUUUUGGUGAGUUCAUUGUUGCUAGUUUGAUCUUGCAUUUCGUUUGUUUACAUUUUAUAAAUUAA